CCUGAUCAAUGACCCAAAAAAUAAAAGUGAAAGUGUUUCCUGGAUAUUAUGGGGGUUUAGAGAGUAUAAAACUCUGCACAUCUCAAACUGUCAGCACAGAUCUGCAAGACUCACAGGUUGAUUCACAUACAAGACUGCCUUCUUCAUCAGCAUCACCAUCACCAUGAACACUUUGGUUCUGCUGUGUCUUUUUUGUGUCAGCUUUAGUUACGGAGCUCCAGUUGAUGAAGCUGUUGAGUCCAUUAAUGACCAGCAACCGGACCCUGCUCCAGCUGAAUUUGAGCCUGUAGUUGAGAACACAGCUGAGGUUGCAGAUAUAGCUACUUUUGUCCAGUGUCCUGCUGGUUGGUUCAGGCACGGCUCCCGCUGUUUUCUGCUGGUCAAGUCUCGAAUGUCCUGGCUCAACGCAGAGAACCACUGUGUCAGUCAGCAGGGUAGUCUAGCAUCUGUCCAGAGUCCAGCUGAGUAUCAGUUCCUGCAGAAUCUGGCUGACCUCGGAGGCCAGACAUCUGCAUGGAUUGGUGCCUUCAACUUCCAGAACACAUGGAUGUGGAUUGACAGGGCAGGAUUCUAUUACAGUAACUGGCAGUCACUGAGCAGUGUGUCCAGCAACCCCUGCGCUUACCUGCAGGCACGCGCUGGUUGGGCAAACACAAACUGUGCAACCACUCUGGGAUUUUUCUGUGUCAGGAUCCCACAGUGCUAAACAACUAACACCAAUAAUGAAACUUUAGAACAUGAACAGAUGUAUUUUCUCAAAUAACACAGAAUAAUGUUAUGUAAUUCUAGACUGCAUUAAUAAUUACAGCUAUGUUUGUAUUACUGUCAAUAUUUUAAUAUUUUGUACUUGAAUAGUAUUUUGUUCUUAAUAAAUGUCUUUACUGUUCACUGGA